ACCAAAUAAACAAAGCCAGAUGGAAUUCUAGCAACUUAAUUUUCCCAGCUGGGCAGAUCCCUGUGCUUCCAGAUCUCCUGAGAACUGGACAGGCUUUUAACAGGAGGUAUCUUAUCUUUGAUGUUAGGAUCUGCAGGCUCAGAUUGAUCUAGUGCUCAAUUGCUGAGAAGUGUACAGGAGCCUUUGCCAUCCAGGCAGCAUCUUGAGGAGCAAAGAAUUCUGGGAAACUGACAAAACUGGACGUGAGCUGCUGAGGAAGGCAGGUGCACGUGACAAAAACAAGGGAGAAGAAAGUGAAGUGCAUGAUGAAGACACAGAGCAGAGGUCGUCUGGGAGGAGUGCCCUCAGAAAGAACUGUAUCCUCUCUUUUGCUCACACUCAUCAUUGGCAUGUGUUGUGUUCAUGCUCUGGAGAUGUCUACUGGUAAGGUUCCAUUUCUGGAUGCAGUGAACGGCAGCACAGUCCUUCUGCCCUGCACCUAUGCCAGCUGUAUUGGAAUCACUAACCUCUACUUCAAAUGGGAGUUCAAUAAUAAUGGCACCAUGCAGAAGAUGGCUGAUUCUGUAAUUCCAACGGAUAAUGUGGAACCAAAUAAAGUAAACAUUUACCGUGAGAGGGUGGAAUAUGUUGGCUCCAGUAAAGGAAAUAACAUCUCCAUCCUGCUUUGGAAUAUAACAUUUGAGGAUGCAGGCGUCUACAUCUGCUUUGGCAAAAACCCCAAAGAGAAGGGCAAGAAUCACAGCGCCAUUUUCACUCUACAUGUAGUAGAGGAACUAAGGGAGGUUGAUAACACACUCACCAUCAUCAUUGCUUCCUGUGUUGGUGGAUUCAUCGCUUUGUUAAUGGCCUUCAUGCUGCUAAAGAACUUCACUCUGUUCGUUCUCGCAAAGAUUGAGGAAAAAAAUAAGGAGUGCCUUGUCACCUCCUCAGGGAUUGAUAACACAGAGAACGGGGGUCUGUCGGGCUCCAAAUCUACACCAAAAAAAGCAUGACAGUGUGCAACCAAACAGAGUCACACAUGCAAGUGAAAACAUGGAUCAGCCAUCAAGCUGUGCCCUCUCUGUUAAUUUACAUCCGUGUUUACAAAUGCUAUACAUAUAUAUAUAUAUAUAUAUAUAUAUA